UAUGAUCUUGAACUGGCUCUGCUUCCUCGAAAAGCACAGAUGCUGCUCUCACUGCUCCAUCACCUGAGGUCAAUUCCAGCUGGAAACUGAUAUGUGAGUGCCGGAUUCUAUUGUUUGAGGCAUACUUUCAUCAAGCCAACUCUAAAUAAUUAUCAAGAUGUUGAACAUGUCAACUGAAGAGCCUACAGUCCAUUGCACCAAGUCUGGAAGACACGGUUACAUAUUUAUUGCUAUUCCAAUCAUCUACAGCACAAUAUUUGUCAUAGGAGUUUUUGGGAAUAGUCUUGUGGUCAUUGUCAUUUAUUGCUACAUGAAGAUGAAGACGGUGGCCAGCAUAUUUUUGAUGAAUUUAGCUAUUGCGGACCUGUGUUUUGUCAUCACGUUACCUUUAUGGGCAGCCUACACAGCCAUGCACUACAACUGGCCUUUUGGCAGCUUCUUGUGCAAAUUGGCCUCAGCAACAAUCACCUUAAAUCUAUACACUACAGUAUUUUUACUCACAUGUCUCAGCAUUGAUCGCUACAUAGCUAUCGUCCACCCAAUGAGAUCUCGUAUUCGACGUACAAUGGUGGUUGCCAGAGUCAUUUGUUUCACUAUAUGGCUCAUUGCGUGUUUGGCAAGUCUCCCAACAUUUAUAUAUCGUACAUUGGUACCCAUUAAAGAGGCAAACAUAACAGUCUGUGCUUUUUUUUAUUCGUCAAACAACUCACAAACCGUUUUGAUCGGAUUGGGUAUUACAAAGAACGUGCUUGGUUUCUUUAUUCCUUUUAUGAUCAUUUUAACCAGCUACACAUUUAUCGGCAAGACUUUGAAGGACACCUUCCAUACACAGAGAGGCAAGACCAGAAAUGAUGAUAUUUUUAAAAUGAUAAUGGCCAUUGUUCUGGUCUUCUUCUUUUGUUGGCUUCCACAUCAAGUGCUUACUUUUCUUGACAUUUUGAUUCAGCUGGAAAAAAUAAAAAGCUGUCAUAUUCAAGACAUCGUUGACACUGGUAUGCCGAUCAGCAUUUGUAUUGCUUAUUUGAACAGCUGUUUGAACCCUUUUUUAUAUGGGUUUUUCGGAAAGAAUUUCAGGAAACACUUCCUACAACUUCUAAAAUACAUACCGCCCAAUAUUCGAACACACACAAGUCUGAAAAGCCUAAACACAAAAAUGAGUACUCUUUCAUAUCGUCCAUCAGACAAACAGAAUUCCUCAGUCAAAAACUCCUUGCGAGUCAAUGAACAUGAAGAAGUACAUACUGCGAGUGUGUAAUAUAGUGAAUGUUACUUCAAGAAAACAAUUGCACUAUAUUCCAGUUAAGAAAUGCGCUAUUUAUUUUUAAAGAUACAUACAUAAUAAAACUUUCCAAAAAGCAGGAAAAGCGAACUGCUAGAAAGUGAACAGUAUGUUAUGGAGGCCGGGAUACCGGCUGUCAAAAUACCAAUGCCGGUAUUCCAUUGGUGAAAAUUCCGACAGUCACCCAAAACCUAAGCUUACCCUGAUCCCCCCCCCCCUUACCCUAACCCACCUUUCCCGCAGCCUGACCCUAACCUUCCCCCCACCGCCGCCUAACCUUAACCCUCCCCAGUGGUGCCUAAUCCUAACCCCCCCUAUCCCCGCAACCUAACCCUAACCCUCCCUCCCCCGCAGCCUAACCCUAACCCCCCCUACCCGAAGCCUAACCCUAACUUUCUCACCGCUGCAGCCUAACCCUCUCUCCGCAGCCUAAAUCUAAAUCACCCCGUCCGUGGAUUAUCAGUGGUGAAGUUCUGCUCCGACUCGAUUGGGAUUCCGGCGUUUGCAUCCCGGCAUUUCAAUUGAUGAUGGGAUGCUGGCUUCGACAUUCUGAUCAGUGUUGGAAUUCCGGCGUCUGAAUCCUGGCGGUCGGUAUCUUAACCACAUCCCGUUAUGGAAACUGUUAUGAAACAUGGUAUAUAAUAGAUACAAAGCAAAUCCCAUGCUGACAAAACAUCUGCUACAUUUAAUGGUUAGUGAAUUUCUGAAACCACAUCCAAAAACAGCAUUACUGUAUAUAUAAAAUAGCAUCACUUACAUACUUACAUCCCAAUACAGAAUAUACCCUAGUCUGUGUUCAUCAUUGAAAGGAAAUGAAUGAAUGACCAUUUAAUACCUCAUUUUGUACAAAUAAUGUUUUUACAAUCUAGUAUAUUUUUGUCUUUUUACUUUAGAUUUAACAUACAUACUUUACCAUAGUAAUGUUCAUAUAUUUUUUUCUCAUUAUGUAUGUACAUAGAUUUCAAUAUCACAAAUCUAUUUUUUUUAUUCUAUGCUUUGCAAAAAGUUUCUUAACAUUGAUAACAGCAAGUAUUGUGAUUUGCUAUUUAUUUUGUGUAUUUAUUUAAUCUGACUGUACUAUGACACUGUUAAUUAUUGUUAAAUUGUAACUUUGAAUAUUGUAAUAUAAAUUAUAGAUGAAAAUAUCCCAGUAGAUCUCUUCACCUACCGUAUGUCUAUUCCUACAUUUACAUCUAUAUGAUAAGCAAAUGAAUGGAAACUUUUCUUGUAAUUCUAAGUAUAGCUACAUAAUUUAAAUGUACUAAGGAUCUGAUUCAUGUUUGUAAGUAAAGCAAAAUAAGCAGGUAACUGUGUCUGGAACAAACCAUGUUGUCAUGUAAGGGGAGCACAUUUAUAUUUAUUCUGUGCAGGGUAAAUACUGGCUGCUUUUGCAUGUAGCCCACAAAUGUUAGACAGCUUUAUUUUACACUACAAUUUGGAUUUCAGUUUGAACAAACCCCACCCAAAUCUUACUCUUUCUGCACAUGUUGCAUCUGCCUCGCCUGCAGUGCAUAAUGAUUUUGCUCAGUUGCUUGCUUUUUUGCUUUACUUACAAACAUGAAUCAAUCCCUAAAUAUGCCAUUAGAAAUAGGACUUAAUGCUGCAAUCAGCCUUAAUAUCAGCAAGUUAUCCAACAUUGCCAGAGUAUGUGGUUACAAAACAAGCAGUCAUAUACAGUAGAUGCAGUCUACAUGUACUGUCAAAAUGUACAGUCUUUAUGUGGUCAGUUGUAGGUCUGUUACAAUGAAUAAGAGACAUUAGCUGGGGUAUGAAGUCUGAUUAUUCUAGAACACAUGUAAAUGUUUUGAAAUCCACUCUAUUAAAUGCUUGGAAAUGCAUCAGAAAAUGAACAAGAGUGAUAGACUAAGAAAUGCUACAAACAGGGUCAGUGCUAGGGUGUUCGGCGACCCCCUGCAACAAUAAAUCUGCGCCCUACCUCACACACAUAAUAAAGGGACAAUGCACACCGAAGGUGCAUGCCAAAGAAAAGGGGUGUGGUCUCACAAUGACGGGGUGUGGCCACGCAAUAGUAUUCCCAAUUCAAAUUACGCCACACAGUAGCACAAUCUUAUUCACAUUACACCGCACCUUAUUAACGUUAUGACACACAGUAGUGCCCCUUACUCACAUUAAGCUACACAGUAGUACCCCUUAUACACAUUAUGCUACACAAUAUUGCCUUCUUUACACAAUGGACACAGUAAUGUUCCUCAUACACAUAAUGUCCACAGCAGUAGUACCACACAUAAUGCCCACAGUAGUAGUGCCACACAUAAUGCCCACCAGUGUCGGACUGGGGCAUGAAGGGCCCUGCAGGUAAUUGCAGUAGUAGGGGCCAUGUUUAGGGGUGUGGCCAGUCCUCAAAGGGGGUGUGGCCAGCCACCACAGAGGCUUGACUAACCAUUAGAGAGAUCAUGGUCUGGGCCCCUUGAUAAAUAUAUAUAGUAAAUACUGCUAGUGCAUGCAUGAUAAUGUACCAGAUUAAUAACAGCAAUGCACUGUAGAAAAUACACCAUAGCCCUGUGCAGUAUAAUGUAACAUAUAUGUAUAAUUAAAGUGCACAGUGUAGAACCUGGUCCCUAGAGAAGGAAGUGGGCCCCCAGGCAAUGGGGCCCACCAGGGGUUUCCCCUGUACACCUGUGGGCCAGUCCAACCCUGAUACCAACAGUCGUGCCACACAUAAUGCACACAGUAGUAGUGCCCCUUACACAUACAGUAUGUCCAUUUGUCCACAGAAGGGGAGAGGGGGAGGGGAGUACAGUACUUACACGGUAGAUCAGCUUCAAGUUGUUAUAGAGCUUGGCUGUUGCAACGGGGAGGAGAGAGGAAGGAGUCAGAGGGACCUGACACUAAGAGACGUCCUUCCUGCUGCCAGUGCCACUGCCUGUCAUACAGUUUAACAGGUGCAACGCCAGCUGGCAGCAACAGUAGGGUAACAGAUCAGGGAGAGCACCUCCUCAGCCCAGCGCCUCUUUGCAUUGUGUACCCUUGCUGAGUGAGUUGCACCAGCUCUGGUCACAAACAAUGAAAUGGGGCCACAUUAAGUAGUAUUUUACAGGAAUUUGUGAAAAGGGGCAGUUUGGACAUUCAUGUCACAUUGCCACACUUUUGUUUUUUCCUGCUUCUUCCUUAAAAGGUGUAGUGGAAGAAGCAUCAACCCUUAACCAAGACGGUGUGCGUGCACUUACAAGUAAAUGCAUGCAGGUUUAACCAUCUAGGUGUAAGGAAGAAAAACAAAGGCAGCUGUCACUGCACAUCACAAGUUGUUUUUAUUAUGGUAUUUCACAUUCAUUUGGUUUACCAAAAGGGCUCUCCCUAUAUAUAUAUAUAUAUAUAUAUAUAUAUAAAUGUUUUAAAUUGUCCCGUUUUGGGGGUCAAUCCUAUUCCUUGUGAAGUGCCACUUUGCUGUGGUAUAUAAACGCUGGUAACAGCAUAAUAACACCCCUUGCAGCCCCUUUUAGUGUCCGACUCCCAGAAUUUUUCACCAGAAUCCUAUGGAGUUACAAAGAAAAUGCUGUUAGUUGGCUGUAUCAUAUGUGCGGUAUAGCUCCGCACUUACUCGCAGAGUCAAAACCGCAAAAACAUUGCAGGGAAUAGGAUUGACCCUUUGUUGUUUCUUACUUACUAUUGUGUUCAACAAUUAUUUGGAUAAAUAAACACUGUAGCUAAAAAAUACAUUUGUGAAAAUGAAAAUAAAUGACGUAAUAGCAACCUCAUUAAGCCAGUGUAGUUUUAAAAAAAAAGUGAUCAUAGUAAAGUUAUAUACCAAUCUCCUAUGUUUGGGAAACAUUUAAAAAUCUACUAUAAUUGUUUCAGAAUAUUAUUUAACUUUAAACUGAAAACACUGUAUGUAUAAAUAUUAUAUUUCAAAGGGGUAGCAGUUGAUUUACCAACGGUCAUAAUCCCGACAGCCAUUGACCUACAGUCAAAAUACCAACACUGUCAAAAUACCGACAUGCAUUAUGCCGACAUAGUCAGAAUACCGACAUUUGAAAUGCCAUCAUUUCAAAAUGCCAACAUGUGUUUUUAAGGAAUUUUUGCCCAAAAACAGACUUGCUCAUACUUUACCCUCCCAGUGGACCUGGAGGCGGGAAUAUAAUAGUGCCCGAAGCAUAGCGAGUGCAGCGGUACACUUAGACGGUGUCCAUGUCGACCUAUGUUGACAUUGAAUCAAAAAAACAAAGACUCAUGUCAGUAUUUUGACAUGUCAGCAUUUCAAAUGCCGGUAUUCUGACUGUCGGCAUUUUGAACAUGUCAGCAUAAUUAAUGUCAGUAUUUUGACUGUGUUAGUAUUUUGACUGUAGAUCAAUGGCUGUCGGGAUUAUGACCAUCGGUAUUAUGUCCGUCAGUAAAUCAUACUGAACCCCAAAGGGACAGCCCAAUGGAAUAAGCUGAGCUAUAUAAGAAACUGUUAAUAAAUAAUAAGUACAUUUAAUCUGCUGCAUAUGGCAACUUUUACAAAAAUAAAUACCAACAGAUGCAGAAUUGUAUGCAUCUCAAGAUGCAGGCACAUCUGCACAAUCGCCUGGUUUACUACUAGUCACCAUCAUCAUUGUUGGACUUACACCUACAAUAUACAGGUGCAUGAGAUACACUUACAAACAGAGGUAUUUUCCCUUACAUCUCUGCAUACCCUACAGUUGCACAAUUAUGCCCUCACCGAACUUUGCUUGAGUAAGAAAGUCAUUACUGCCCACUUCUGCUUCUUCAGUGGCUACAGUUGAGAAGCCGACUUUAUUAAUCUACAUCUCCCAUCCUUUCAUGUGCCCAUUUCUGAGCAUGCCCUAUGCCAUUAUACUCAGGCCUGGCAACAUGGAGGAAAAAAGGGGACUUCCGUAUGGUGCCUCGAGGUACAGGGGGACCCUGAUGAUCUGGGGCACACAAAAAAAGUUGCAGUAACUAAAAAUGCUUUUUAACUUAUGCUACAGCUCCCAGUAAAUGAAAUAAAAAGGCUGUACCAAUUUAUCACCCCAACACCUCCCCCCCCCCCCCCCCCCACACACACACACACACACAUUUACCCCAUCACUUGGUCCUGUCCUGGUGGUCCUCACUAUGUUCCCGUUAUUACAUAUGCCCUGCCUUGUCUGUCCCUGCCGCCACCGCCACAAACCGGGCAACCCAGGAGGAAAACCGCCACCUGCCGGACACACUGACUGUCUGACUAAUGCCACACCGCUGGCCGCUCUUUACAAACAAACUGGCUUUAGUGAGCCCCUUUGGUUAGCAAGGGUACUGUGUCAUAACUGACAGUAAAAACUGAAAAGUAAUCACUCCCAGCUCCCAAUCAAAUAAUACUGAUAUAUAUAAAAUGGGUGUAUGUGUAUAUCUAUAUAAAUACAAACUAUUUUUUUUUUAAUAUCACCUUCUACUUUAAUAAAGGAGAUCAAGGAGGUUGUGGGGGCCCCAAAGAUAUCUUUGUCCUGGGCCCCAAGAUUUCUGUUGCCGGCCCUGGCCCCACUGUAAGCAAUAGGUAGAUUAUUCUUCUGAGUAAACCCAGCCCCCACUACAGUACCAUAAGAAUGUGUGUCACUAUUAUUUACUCUCACUACAACAUGUGCAUGACUGAUAUAAAGAGGGAUUCAUAACGUGGGUGGACCUUCCCAUUUCUGUUUUAUUUUGUCUGUAAAACAUUAAUAGGCUUACAGAGAGUAAAGGAGAUUAAGCAUAAACAGUGAUGUAUACAGUAUCUGUUGUACAAUAAACUGUUUUCAGUCUCUGAGAUGAGCUGCAGUAUAUAGAAUGUAAAUUCCUAUAUAAACAUUGUAGCUUGUAUUAAAGAUGUGUCAGCCAUGCAUUAUGUUGUAUAAGCUGUCUUUUAAAAAGCUGUAUAUAUUCUCAGUGCACAAAGGAUCAUUUAAAUGCAGAAGUCGUAGCUAUAGGUUCCUAGUUUUGUUGUUAAUGUACAGUAGGGAAAAUCUGAACAUGUUGUGCGUGCUGGUAGCACCCUCUUUGGAGUAGAAAGUUGUAUACAGUAUAUCUGUAUUGCUCUGUCUUAUAAGUUACUUUCUGUAUUGUUUUCUUUAGAAAAUAGCACACAAAACGUAUCACACUAUUGUGUUUGAUAGUAAGAUGUUUUAUGUGUAAUGUUGUGUAAAACAUUGUAUCAGGUACAAGUAUAAUGUUUAGUUAUUGUAUUUUUUAUGAAUGU